UAUGGCUGUAAAAUUGUUAAAUUCUGUAGUAUAACAAUGAGGAAAGAGUGAAAAAAAAUUAUUAAAUUAUAUUUAAAUUAAAAAUAAAAACAGUAUGAGAGCACGUAAACGAGUUCAUACUGAUACAUCUACAGUAAGUAAGGAUGAACCCAAAGAAGUUGAAGAAUCGAAACAGCCUGGCAGUAUGUCGGAACUGCAUAAAAAAAUAGAUAACUUGAUUGUUAUGGUUACAGCACUCACGGAAGAAGUGAUUGCAUUAAAGAAGGAAUGGCGUCUGGAAAAUAAGGAUCCAUUAAAUAUUAAUAGUCAUGGCAAUAUCAACGACAUUAUCUAUCCUGAGAAACCAUUCGAAACACCUGAAGCUUUCAUCCAGUUCAAUAAUGAACUUAAAUUAGAAGAAAAAUUUGAUUUGCUGGUAAAUUGCUUUUUACAAAAAUGCACCUAUACGGUUAAGGCAAAAUCUUUUAUUUUUAACUGUUGGAAAACAUUAAUAACAGAUGAAGCAGCCCAGCACUUCGCUUGGAUAAACACAACUAAUAAGACGUUAGUUCAAAAUUUGUUAGCAACUGCUGCAAUCAAAAAGGCAUUCCAGAAGAAAUAUGGCGAAGAUAACGUGAAUGUUUUUGAGGAAAAAUCUAAAAAAUUUUUCUUAAAUUCAAAGGACCGCUGUGUGAAGCGGAGGAAAAAACAAUAAGCUUAGAAGAUGAUCCAUAAAAAAGAGAUAGAGAAGUGAGAGCUGAUUCCUUAGUCUAAGAAAUUUAAAGAUCGUAUCAAACGACGAUGGGAAGUCCAUUUUCAAUAUGUGUGUCUGUGUUGUACUCGUAUCUAGUUCUAUUUUUAAAUAUUUUAAAAUAAUUUAUAUUUAGUAUUAAA